AUGCUUUUCCUCGCAGUCACCUCUGUCUUCGUGGCAGCAGCUGCUGCUCUACCAAGCACCCCUUUCGCGUAUCCAGAGGGUGUUACGGUGACCGAGUACCCCAAUGGACUGCCAGAGGAAUUGAAGCCCAGCAGUGAAGGUUCCGCUCUGGAGAAACGCGGUAACGCCGGAGUAUACGCUUGUAACGAGCGUAACUUCGGUGGUUUCUGUGUUCACCUUGUGGUCCAGGAGUACACAUGUGUCAACCUUGGACCGGACUCGAACGAUAAGAUCAGCUCGGUCGGCCCGGAUUCUCCAAAGUAUUGCCUGUUCUACUCGUACGUUGUUAAGAAUGAAGAUCGAGCCAAAGGUGUGCUCGCACAAUUCAAUGCACUAACGCUGAGCCAAUAG